CAAUCAAACCUUGAAUAGAGAGACAGAGACAGAGACAGAGCAGCAAUUCAUCAAUUGAAUCGCUGAUUCAUCUUUCAGAAUCACUGAGGGAGGGAGGGCUUAACAGAAGAGCAAUGGGAUUUGAAGAUGGUGAUGGUUCUGGGCUAUGGCGUUGGGCUUUACCUUUGUGCUUGACCUUUCUCUCCUUGUUUGCUUCCGUCCUGGUCUUCUCUGUUUUCCUCAUCAAGAACAGAGCAAGGAGCAUCCGCACUGCUUCGAUUGACGCCGUUCGGGAUCUCUCAAUUGACUCCGGCCAGACCUCAUCACUUCCCAUAGUCGGCGACCAGCCGGGGUACGAGUACGAGGUUUUCCUCAGCUUCAGGGGACCCGACACUCGCAAGGGCUUCACAGACUACCUCUACAACGCCCUCAUCGAUGCCGGGGUGCGCUCGUUCCGGGACGACAAUGAUCUCCGCAAGGGGGAGGAGAUCGGGCCUGAGCUCCUGGCGGCUAUCAAGCAGUCGAAGGUCUCGGUGCCCAUCUUCUCCAAGGAUUACGCGUCCAGCAAGUGGUGCCUCAAGGAGCUAGCUCAGAUGGUUGAGUGCCGGAACACGAUCGGGCAGUUGAUACUGCCCAUUUUCUACGAUGUCGUGCCGAAUGAAGUCCGACACCAGACGGGGAAUUAUGGGAAGGCGUUUUCUCAGCACGCGAGGAGAUACAAUGCGGAGACUGUUCAACUCUGGAGGGACGCUCUUGCCGAGGUCGGGAAGCUGAAGGGUUGGGAUUUAGAGAACACAGCUAACGGUCAUCAGGGCCAAUUGACAAAGUUAGUGGUUGCUGAGGUUCUGAAGGAAUUGAAGAAAAGGCAUCUUCUUGUUACUGAUAGCUUAGUUGGAACUGACGAUCAGACAGAAGUCGUCAUGCAGCUGUUGGAGAUUGGUAAGAAAGAUGUAAGAAUAGUUGGGUUGUGGGGUAUGGGUGGGAUUGGUAAGACGACUAUUGCCAAGGCCAUCUAUAAUCAAAUUCUGGAUCAAUUCGAAGGUUGCAGCUUCCUUAAAGAUAUUCGGGAGACAUCAUCACGGCACCGUGGUCUUGAAUACUUGCAAAGUCAGCUAGUCGCUGAUAUCACAAGGCGCAAGCAGCAGGAUUUUGCCAGUCUCGACGAUGGAAUCAACGAGCUCAAACGUAGGUUUCGUGACAAGAAGGUCCUAAUUCUUCUUGAUGAUAUUGAUCACCGUAAUCAGCUCAAUGCACUAGCAAAAGAGCUCCAUUGGUUCGGCCCAGGAAGCAGGAUUCUUGUCACGUCAAGAAACAAGGACGUUUUACAGGUAGCUCAAGUGGAUGAGAAGUGGAUAUAUGAAGUCAAAGAAAUGGACCGAGAACAAGCCCUUCAACUUUUUUGCAAGCAUGCAUUCAGAAACAGCUCUCCUCUAGCUGAGCUGACCGCUCUGGCUAAGGAUAUAGCCGGGACAACAGGAGGACUACCCUUAGCUCUUGAGGUCAUAGGUUCUUUCCUAUCUACAAAAAGCAAGGUGGUAUGGGAAUCGACAUUGGACAAGUUGAGGGCAAUGCCUGAUGGAGAAGUCCAAGACAAGUUGAGAAUCAGUUAUAAUGCGUUGGACUAUGAAGAGAAACAAAUAUUCUUAGAUAUUGCCUGCAUCUUUGUUGGAGAAGAUAUACAGAUCGUAAAACACAUGUGGAAAGAUUGCAACUUCUUUCCAGAUGUUGGGAUCGAGGUCCUCCUUCUGAUGUCUCUGGUUAAAAUCGGAGAUGACAACAAGCUGUGGAUGCAUGAUCAACUCAGGGACCUUGGCAGGGAAGUUGUCCGGCGAGAAAGCUACAUUGAACCUGGGAAACGGAGUAGGCUGUGGCAAAGUGAAGAAGCAAGAGUCGUGUUGGAGAAAGAAAGGGGAUCAACAGAAGUUGAAGCGAUUCGUCUCGAUUUCAAAAUUGUGCCAGAUGACUACUCUUUUACAGAUCGGCAGUUCAGAAAUCUAAUAAAUCUGAGGUUUCUUCGGUUGGAAUGUGCUGAUCUGGUUGGAAAUUUUCAUAACCUCCUGGAAAGGUUGAGAUGGCUCAGAUGGCACAACUCAUCAUUCAAGAUUACACCGACCGAUUUGAAUCUAGACAACCUAGUCAUUCUUGAUCUAUCACAGACAGAAGUUGGAGAUGAUUGGACUGGUUGGAGCUCGGUCAAGAUGGCUGUGAAGCUGAAAGUUCUUCAUCUCAACCAUUGCAAUUUCGUCACCAGAACUCCUGAUUUUUCAGUGAUGACCAAUUUGGAGAGACUAAGCAUGAACCACUGUCACAGAUUAGAGUUGAUCGACCCAUCAAUCGGGAAGCUCAAGAGUUUGAUCUACCUUGACAUGAGUUUCUGUUGGAACAUUGAGAAGCUGCCCGAUCAAAUUGGCUCUUUGAAGUCAUUAGAAAAGCUCAUCCUGGAUGGGACUCAAAUACGGGAUGUGCCGAUCUCGAGGCAUAUGAAGAAGCUAGAAGUUCUGCAAGCAAAAGACUGCAUUUAUUUGAAUCGGAUUCCUGAUUCCAUUGGCCACACAACUUGUCUCUCGGAUCUCCUGCUCGAUUCCUCUAAUAUCAUUGAACUCCCAGAGUCAAUCGGGUUGCUCGGGGAACUUCGGCACUUGUCAUUGAAAGGCUGUUCCUUGUUGAGGGAGAUCCCAGAUUCCAUUGGGCAGUUGAAGUCAUUGACUAAGCUUAACAUAUCUUCAACGAGUGUUACACGUUUACCCGAUUCAGUAGGGACCCUAGAGAAUUUGGAAGUGCUCGACAUUCAUCUCUGUGGCAUACGUCGCUUCCCAAGGGCUCUGGGAAACUUGAGGAAGCUUAGCGUGAUAAAUGCUUCAUUCUGUACAGAAAUGGAGGGAGAGCCUCCAUCUGAACUUGGGCAGAUAUCGCUUUUGAAAGUGUUGAUAUUAGACCAUACAGAAAUUACAACUCUUCCAGAAUCUAUUGGAAGUCUUUCCCAUCUCGAGACUCUUGACUUGAAAGGAUGUUCGAGUCUCCACACUCUCCCUGCACUUCCUGCUGGACUCAGCACCCUUCGAGUCAGUUGCAAGUCACGGAAUCCAAUCCCAAAUCUCCCUGCUUUGACUAAUCUGAAAGAGAUGAUGUUUUGGUCGUGUGAUGGGCUGAGAAAGUUACCCGUGGAGAUUUCCGGCCUAUCCAAAUUGGAGAAGCUAGAAUUUCACAGAACAAGUAUUAGAACCUUACCAGACGAGAUUGGUGCCCUUUCUGGGCUCAAGUCACUCAACAUAGCAGGUUGCUGGCUUCUCUCCCUUCCCACCCUUCCCCCGAGUCUGUAUGAGCUAUCAGUCGUAGAAUGCAAUUCAUUUCGAAUAUUGCCUGAUCUGUCGAACUUGGGGAACCUUUCAGAAUUAUGUCUACGUAAAUGCCCCGAGCUUAAAGAGAUUCGAGGCCUGGGGAAUCUAGUAUUCUUGGCACGUCUGGAAGUGAGUGGCUGCCCAAGAGUGACUAAACUUGAUGGCAUCGAGGGGCUAGAAGGUCUAAGAAUCUUGGAGGUUUCAUCCUGUGAGAAUCUUGAGAAGCUCCCAGAUUUGUCAAAGAUGAAGAAGUUGUCUGAGUUAAAGGCCAAUGACUGCAAAAAGCUUUCUGAAAUUGAAGGCCUCGAUGAUCUGUGCUCCUUGAGGUACUUGGAGAUCCGGUACUGCACGUCCCUAGAGAUAUUGCCCGACCUAUCGUGCUUGAAGUUGUUGGAGAGUUUAGUGGCUGAAGGCUGCGAAAUGCUGAAGGAACUUGAAGGCCUCGACGAGCUGGAAGCAUUGGAAGAGCUGGAUAUCAGAAAUUGUAAAGAGAUUAAAAGGUUGCCGAACUUGUCGAAGCUGAAGUCACUAAACUGGCUGAAGAUGUUGGGAUGUGAAAACCUAAAGGAGAUUCCGGGGCUGGAAGAGAUAAACCCAAUUUCAGUAUCUCGAUAUUAAUCAAUAUCCAUAAAUGAGUCCCUUUCUUUCCAGACAACGCUUGAAUGUUCAUCCUAUCUGUUCAAGCAACUUGGCUUCUUGAUGUGAGGGCGAUUUCCUGUUUGAUAAACACGCCAAAAAUAUGGUCAGUCGUAGAUCCUACAAGUCCCCAUUAUAAGUUUUUGUUUAGUAACAGAUCUGCUAUGCUGCAGAAGCAAAAAUAUAGAAUGAAGUUCUGCUUCUACAUCUCCUGCGGGAACAUUUCUUCAAGACAAUAACUGUGAAAACAAUAGUUGGGCUAUUGUUGCCCUGCGAAAGAAUAUUUCUUCUUGUAACUUCUUUCUUGAAUCAGAUACUUCUGCAUGUCUGCCCUUCUGCUUCCGAAUCGUGCUGCUGCUGCUAUAUAUGCAAAUUCCUCUCA